GCUUCCCCACUGGGACGUGGGCCUGGAACGGCAGUCAGAGCCGAGCAUAGCACGCUGGGAUUCUGGUUUACAAUGGCUGAUGAUCAAGAAAAAGAUUUGCAGAAAUUUCUUAAAAAUGUGGAUGAAAUCACCAGUUUAAUUCAGGAGAUGAAUUCUGAUGACCCAGUUGUACAACAGAAAGCUGUCCUCGAGACAGAAAAGAGACUGCUGCUUAUGGAGGAAGACCAAGAGGUGGACGGAUGCAGGACCACCUUGAACAAGACUAUGAUCAGUCCUCCACAAGCUCCUACCAAGAAUGUGGAAGAAAUAAACUCAGAGGCCUUCUUGGCAUCUGUGGAGAAGGAUGCGAAGGAACGAGCCGAGAGGAGAAGGGAAAACAAGGUCUUGGCAGACGCCCUCAAAGAAAAGGGGAACGAAGAGUUUGUUAAAGGCGAUUACGAAGCAGCCAUCCGGUGCUACACGGAGGGCCUGGAGAAGCUGAAGGACAUGAAAGUGCUGUACACCAACCGGGCCCAGGCGUAUAUGAAACUCGAGGACUAUGAGAAGGCGCUGGCAGAUUGUGAGUGGGCUCUGAAGUGUGAUGAAAAAUGCACAAAAGCAUAUUUCCACAUGGGAAAAGCCCACCUGGCCCUGAAGAACUACAGCAUGUCCAGAGAGUGUUAUAAGAAGAUCUUAGAAAUAACCCCCUCGCUGCAGGCGCAGGUGAAAGAUUACCUGAAUCAAGUAGAUCUUCAGGAGAAAGCAGACCUUCAGGAGAAGGAAGCCUGGGCCAUGAUAGACUCAGGAAAGAACACAGCCGUGACGACCAAGAAUCUCCUGGAGUCUCUGUCCAAGCCUGACCAGAUACCCCUGUUCUAUGCAGGGGGGAUUGAGAUCUUGACUGAAAUGAUGAAGGACUGCACAGAACGAACUUUAUUUAGAAUAUACAAUGGAUUCAGUACCAUCAGUGACAACGAGGUCAUCAGAAGGUGCUUUUCCAUGGUAGUAAAAGAUGCAGUUGAGGAGACAGUCUGUGUGUCUGUCCUCAAGCUCUGGCAUGCAGUGUGCGAUGGGAAUGAGGAAAACCAGCGUGUGCUUGUGACGCACCCUGACAGGGCUAGGCUGCUGCCUGCCCUCUUGGCCUGCAGAGUCCCAGCCAUCGAGCAACAGAGCCUGGCCCUGCUGCUACAGCUGGCCCAGACCGAGGAUGGACGGAGCCUGAUCAUUGGCCACCUUGACCUGACUGGGUUGUUGGGAGCCCUGCUAUCAUUUCUUGAUUUCUCGGAUAAGAGGGCCAAUACCGCCAUGGCACUGCUCACAGACUUGGCUCUGGAAAAAAGAUUCCAAGCCUGGUUCCAGGCCAGCCUUCCGGAUAUUCUCCCUGAACUCACAGGCGUGCUGAAGAGAGAUCCCAAGGUAACCAACCUGUCAGCUCUUUGCCAGUGUGUGGCCGUCAUGGGAAACCUCAGCCCUGAGCCUGCCACCCGAGCAGCCAUGUCAGCCUGUGAAGACUUCGGGGAUGCCUGCCUGGACCUCCUGGCCAGGUGUGAAGAGGAUAUGGACCUGUUCAGAGAGGUCAUCUACAGCCUCCUGGGACUCAUGAUGAACUUGUGUCUGCAGGCCCCCUUUUUCUCUGAGGACUGGGCUCUGGUGGCGAGCAGAAGGUGCAUGUUUCUCCUGCACAGCCGGGAUGGAGGACUCCUGACGAGAGCUGCUGGUGUUCUGAGCAGGACCCUUUCUUCCUCUCUGAGAAUCAUCGAGGAGGCCCAAGCAGCAGGAGUAGUGAAGAAGAUGAUUAAAUUCCUGAAGACAGGAGGCCAGACUGCAUCACGUUACGCCAUAAAGAUACUGGCUGUCUGCACUAACAGUUACCACGAAGCGCGGGCAGAAGUGAUAAGGCUGGAUAAAAACUUUAGCAUCUUGAGGAAGCUGCUCUACUCGGCAGACGAGGUUCUGGUGGGCAAUGCCGCCCUCUGCCUGGGUAACUGCAUGGAGGUGCCCAGGGUCGCAUCUUCCCUGCUGAAGACAGACAUUGUGCAGGUCUUAUUAAAGCUCUCGGGUGGUGAUUCGAAGAAUACAGCUGUGCAGCUGAACGCAGGCAUCGCUCUCGGCAAGCUGUGCACGGCUGAGCCCAGGUUUACUGAUCAACUGAGAGAGCUUCAUGGACUAGAAAUUCUCAACUCCACGACGAAAUACCUCAGUGAUUCUUGAGGGACAUGGUGUCCGUGUGUGUGUUUGUGAAAACACAACUGUAUGCUGUGAGUUGUUCCUACGCUAAUAAAAACCUUUUAAAGAGC